UUACGGAAGUUUCAGUGUUUUGUAUUUCAAAAUGGAAUCUUUUAUGACUUAUUAUAGGGAGGUUAACUCGUAUCUGUGCGAGACAGUGUUGGAAACGGACUUGCCCUUGGAUAACAUUUAUUCGGUUUUCUGUGCUGUAGUUUCACAAGAUGUAUCAUAUUCUAGACACGGAUCAUUUGUUUGUUUGAAACGAAACAAAGUGUUUCUUGGAACUUUGCCGCAAAUAACACAUAAGUUGGAGAGAAUGCUAUUUGACAGUGGUCAAUCCUUAUCCCGGACUAGGCUAAAUUCAGUGAUGAACAUGUUUCGGGAAAAAAGAAAUAUUGUCAUUAUUUCUCUUUACGGGAAAUCCGUCCUUAUAACUAGAAAUGACAUAUUAUCACUUCUGAAGUUAAAAUUAUCAAGAGAACUAAAAGAGGGAAAACUUGUUAAAAGAUACAUUGACUCUGAUGUACUCAUGGCCUUGUUUAUCGUAAACACUUUUCGGACAGAAAGGAACUCUCCGAAAGAUAGUUCAGCUGAUGAAAGGGAUGAAGAAAUGAACGAUUUGUGUAAUGUUUUCUAUAACAAAAACCUCAAAGCUAAACAAACAGGUGGAAAACGGAUGUCAACAUUGUCAGCUGUUGCUCCACGUCAUCAUCACACUACGACUUUGGUUGACUUGGAAAUCGUUGCAUUUCCGAAUGACAAUCAAAAAUAUAACCAGCCAAAGUAUCCGGAUAGCAGGGAGACUGAAGAUAAGUAUCCUACACAAGUAACAGAAACAGACGCCGGACAGCCUUCUUUUGAACCCUAUCCUAGACCUAACACCUCGAGUUUUGGUGCAGGUGAAAACUAUGGACUCGCACAAACAAACGUUUAUUCAGCGCCAAGUUUUUCGUACAACAGGAGAGCAACAGAAAACCACAACGUUAUUGAAUCUGGCACUGGAAUCCCAUUUCAUGCGAAACCUGCCAAAUAUCCAGAUUAUAUGGAAAAGCAAAAGAGAGAAAAAUCGUUCCAUACAACGAAAUGGCCAGUUGACGACAAGCCCGAUUAUUUUCUAUUAGCAGAGUAUGGAUUUUUCUUCACAGGUAACAGUGAUUUGGUAAGGUGUCAUCACUGUGGGAUUGGAUUGAAGGAUUGGGUGAAAGAAGAUGAUGUUCUUAAUGAACACGUUAAACACUCAUCGGCAUGCGGUUUCCUUAUUCAGAAAUUCGGAAAGGUCAACAUAGAUCAAAUGAAGCUGGCAUUGACUGCGGAAAGUAACAGCGACAGGGACUCAACUGCAUCAGAUUCCUCAAACCUGCCAUACAAAAUCCGCUCACCUAGGUAUCAAACAAUGGAAUCGAGAGUAGCAUCUUUCGCGAAAUUUCCUCGUCAUAUUAAUCUGCUUCCUCAACAGCUUGCAGUGGCAGGGCUUUUCUUCACAGGGAAUGGAGAUUUAUGUCGUUGUUUCACGUGCGAUGGGGGUCUGAAAGACUGGAGCUCGGGAGAUGACCCUAUCAAAGAGCACGCGACAUAUUUUCCCAAUUGUGCCUACAUCAACCAGUUAAAAGGACCGGAUUACGUAAAGUUACAGCAACAAAAUCGCCAAAGAAAUGAGCCAGUGGGUGCAGCAUGUGGAAGUAGUACAAUUACUCAGCCAGCACAGACAUCUCCAGAUCUUCCAAUGAAUCAACUGACAAUAGCAGACAUAAGCUAUGAAUACUCUAGCUUCGAUGUUAGCCAGGUUGUCCAACAGCUAGGGUAUGCAGAGAUAGAUGUUAUAACAGCUAAAGCGGAGUUACAAAAGAAAGGGAACAAACUUCCAACAGCCGAAGACAUUGUGAACACUUUGCUCGAUUUGCAGGAAAGAACUGAAAAUUUCAAAACAGUAACAGCACCCCAGGAACAUGAAAACAACGUACAAGCCCUUACAGAGGAAAAUAAGAAACUGUCCCGUCUUAUAUACUGUAUGCUGUGUUUUACUGGAGAAGCGGACAUGUUGUUUCUGCCCUGCACCCAUCAUCGGACAUGUCACGAAUGUGCUGCUGAUCUCAUCUUCUGUCCCGUGUGUAAUGAGUUUAUCAAAGAGAAAGUCAAAACUUUUCGUUCCUAAAGUUUUAUCAGAGACACUUUUUAUUUUCACUACUAAUCUUUCAGACUUAAUGUCUGGAUAUGUAGGGAAGGACAAACACAUUUUGUUACAAAAACGUGUAACAGUUAUAACUAAAUUAUUGAAAAGAUGUGAUAAGUUUUACUACAUGUUAACAUCUGCUUUUGCAACCUGGACGACUCUUUUCUGCGCUGGAUUCGGUUACCCGAUGACACGGAGGACUACAUGAGUUUUACAUUGA